GGGUAAAGCGGGGGAAGGGCCUCCGCUAUCUGCAUCGGAGGCUCGGGUAGUCUCUCCUCGGUGUCUCGCUGUCUGCCUGCCGCUCUCCAUGGACGGCCAGAGGGCAGGAGAGGAAACGGGGAUUUGUUGUUGUGUUAUUUAAAUAAAUCACGGAGAGGUGGAGGUGGAGGUGGAACCAAAAACAAACUGGGGGUUGUUUGAGGGGGGACGAGAAAAAAGGACGCACACAGAGGGGAAAAAAAGGGGAAAAAACAGGGGAGCGUGAGAGGACAGAGGAGCCGCUGGAGAUGUGCGGUCGGGCCGAGAUUGCGGCGGUAUCCCUGUCUAGGCCUGAGCCGAGCAGAUUGUUCUGAGAGGAAACGGACAACAAACAGGGGAAGUGAACAUGGCAGGGACCUCAAGCUUCUUUUCCAACGGACCCGUCCCGUGGACGGACAACGACACGGAGAUGAACAACCUGUACCGAGACCUGGAGCUGGGGACGGUGCUGACACUGUUUUACUCCAAGAAGUCCCAGCGGCCGGAGAGACGGACAUUUCAAGUCAAGCUGGAGACCAGGACUAUUAUCUGGACUCGUGGCACGGAUAAAAUAGAGGGAGAGAUCGACAUCCGAGAGAUCAAAGAGAUCCGUCCCGGACAGAAGUCGCGGGACUUCGAGCGUUACGUGGAGGACUCUGCGACGAGGCUGGAGCAGGCUCACUGCUUUGUCAUCCUCUACGGCACCGAGUUUCGCCUCAAAUCUCUCAGCCUGGCAGCAACGUCAGAUGAGGAGAUGACCAUGUGGGUGAAGGGGUUAAACUCGCUUGUGGCCGACACACUGAAGUCUCCGACGCCGCUCCAGAUAGAAAGAUGGUUGCGUAAGCAGUUCUACGCCGUCGAUCGCAACAGAGAAGACCGGAUAUCCUGCAAGGAUCUGAAGAGCAUGCUGAGCCAGGUCAACUACAGGGUGCCCAACAUGAGGUUCCUCCGAGAGAAACUUCCGGACUCAGAGUUGAGGAAUGGAGACGUGUCCUUCAGCCAGUUCGCCCAGCUCUACCGCAGCCUCAUGUUCGACGCUCAGAAAAACAUGGAGAUCCAGUUUAUACAGAGGUUCCUUGACAGACCAGAACAGAGGAUCUCCCUCGACGACUUCAAGGGUUUCCUCCUGGAGUCUCAGCAGGAAUUGUGGGCCGCGGACAACGACAAAGUUCAGGAGUUUAUGUUCGGCUACCUGAAAGACCCCCUGAGAGAAGUGGAGCAGCCUUAUUUCCACCAAGAUGAGCUCCUGACAUACCUGUUCUCCAAAGAGAACACCAUCUGGGAUUCCUCCCUGGACCAGGUGUGUCCUGACAACAUGAACAACCCUGUGUCCCACUACUGGAUCUCCUCUUCACACAACACCUACCUGACGGGAGACCAGUUUUCCAGCGAAUCGUCUCUGGAGGCGUACGCUCGCUGUCUGAGGAUGGGCUGCCGCUGUAUCGAACUGGACUGCUGGGAUGGUCCAGAUGGAAUGCCAGUCAUCUACCACGGACACACCCUCACAACAAAAAUCAAGUUUUGCGAUGUGUUGACCACGAUCAAAGAGCACGCCUUCGUCACAUCCGAAUAUCCCAUCAUCCUGUCCAUUGAGGACCACUGUAGUAUUGUGCAGCAGAGGAACAUGGCCACCUACUUUAAGAAGGUGUUUGGAGACAUGCUGCUGACCAAAGCGGUGGACAUCGCGGCGGACGGCCUGCCGUCGCCAAACCAGCUCAAGAAGAAGAUCCUCAUCAAGCAUAAGAAGCUUGCAGAAGGCAGCGCCUACGAGGAGGUGUCCACCUCCACCCCCUACUCGGAGAACGAUAUCAGCAACUCCAUCAAAAACGGCAUCCUGUACCUGGAAGACCCCAUUAAUCAUGAGUGGUACCCUCAUUUCUUUGUCCUGACCAGCAGUAAGAUCUACUACUCGGAGGAGACCUCCAGUAACCAGGGAAAUGAUGACGAGGAGGAGCACCGUGAGGUGUCCAACGGUAUGGACCAGCACGUGACAGAGAAAUGGUUCCACGGGAAGCUGGGCGCCGGGCGAGACGGGCGGCAGAUAGCCGAGAGGUUACUGUCGGAGUACUGCCUGGAGACCGGAGCGCCCGACGGCUCCUUCCUGGUCCGAGAGAGCGAGACCUUCGUUGGGGACUACACGCUGUCCUUCUGGCGUUCUGGACGGGUGCAACACUGUCGCAUCCACUCUCGCCAGGAGGCCGGCAGCCCCAAGUUCUACCUGACAGACAACCUGGUGUUCGACACGCUCUUCGCCCUGAUCAACCACUACCAGCAGGUGGCGCUGCGCUGCAACGAGUUUGAGAUGAAGCUGACCGAGCCGGUGCCUCAGACCAACGCUCACGAGAGCAAAGAGUGGUACCAUGCCAACCUCUCCAGGAGCCAUGCAGAAAACAUGCUGAUGAGGGUGCCACGGGACGGGGCUUUCCUUGUGAGGAAGAGGACGCAACCCAAUUCGUUUGCCAUUUCCUUCAGGGCCGAGGGGAAGAUAAAGCACUGUCGCGUGCAGCAGGAGGGUCAGAACGUGGUGCUGGGCACCUCGGAGUUCGACAGCCUCGUAGAUCUCAUCAGCUACUACGAGAAGCAUCCUCUGUACCGCAAGAUGAAGCUGCGCUAUCCCAUCAACGAGGACACACUGGAGAAGAUCGGCACUGCUGAGCCGGACUACGGGUCGCUGUACGAGGGCAGGAAUCCAGGCUUCUACGUGGAGGCCAACCAAAUGCCAACGUUUAAGUGCACAGUGAGAGCCAUGUACGAGUACAAAGCCCAGAGAGACGACGAGCUCUCCUUCAUCAAGAACGCCGUUAUCUCUAAUGUGGACAAACAGGAAGGAGGAUGGUGGAAGGGUGACUGUGGAGGGAAGAAGCAGCUGUGGUUUCCUGCCAACUACGUGGAGGAGAUCAGUCCGUCGGCGGCGGAGCCCGAUAGAACGGAGAUGACAGAGAACAGCCCGCUGGGAGAUCUGCUGAGAGGAAGCGUGGACGUGUCUUCCUGUCAGAUCGUUGUGCGUACUGAGGGGAAGGGCAGCAGGCCUCACGUCUUCUCCCUGGUGCCCAACGCCUCCAUGAGGACCGGCCCGGUGCUGGACGUCGCCGCCAACAGCCAAGAAGAACUCAAGGAAUGGGUGUUCAAGAUCCGCGAGGUCACCAUGACAUCGGAGGCCAAGCUGGAGGAGGGGAAGAUGAUGGAGAGGAGGAAGAAGAUUGCACUGGAAUUGUCCGACCUGGUCAUCUACUGCAGGCCGGUGCCGUUUGAUGAAGACAAGAUUGGCACAGAGCGGGCCUGUUUCCGGGACAUGUCAUCCUUCCCCGAGACCAAGGCGGAGAAGUACGUCAACAAGAUCAAAGGGAAGAAGUUCCUGCAGUACAACCGACUGCAGCUGUCCAGGAUCUACCCGAGAGGCCAGAGACUAGACUCCUCCAACUACGACCCUCUGCCCAUGUGGCUCUGUGGGUCCCAGCUGGUGGCGCUCAACUUCCAGACAGCAGACAAGCCCAUGCAAAUGAACCAGGCUCUGUUCAUGCUGAACGGACGGAGCGGCUACGUCCUCCAGCCGCCCAUCAUGAGGGACGACAGCUUCGAUCCUUUCGACAAACAUACGCUGCGAGGCCUCGAACAAGUCACUCUGGAGAUAGAGGUUUUGGGCGCCCGUCACCUGCCCAAACACGGACGCGGCAUAGUGUGUCCUCUGAUCGAGAUCGAGGUGUGCGGGGCGGAUUACGACAGCGCCAAGCAAAAGACUGACUCAGAAGCUGACAACGGUCUGAACCCCACGUGGCCCAAGAAGCCGUUCCAGUUCGCGGUCUGCAACCCGGCCUUCGCCUACCUGCGCUUCGUGGUUUACGAGAUCGACAUGUUCAACGACCAGAACUUCCUGGCUCAGGCCACGUUCCCCAUUCCCAGCCUGAAGACAGGUUACCGCUCGGUUCCUCUGAAGAACAGCUACAACGAGGAUCUGGAGUUGGCCUCUCUGUUGGUCCACAUGAACAUCAUCCGGGGAAAGGAUGAGAACGGGGAGGUUCUGAGCCCGCUCCUCGCCGUCGGCGCCGCCUCGGUGUCGGCGUCUGCCCAGUCAGGACGUGAACGUCUGGGCGACCAGAGCUCGGUGUCCUCGACGUCCUCCGCCGCGUCCCCCGUGCCCCAGGCGCCGGCCCAGGCCGUGGCCUUCGGGGGCCGAGAGGGCUCCUUUGAGUCCCGCUACCAGUCCCCUCUGGAGGACUUCAGGGUGUCCCAGGAGGCCCUGCUGGACCACAUGGACCCGCAGAACAGACAGACCAGGAUGCUGCGGAGGACCAGAGUGGGCGGAGAGAACCAUUUCUAAGUCCAAGCCAAUCGGGACGCAUUACCUUAUCCCCCCCAACCCAACCCACCCCCUCGUACCCAGUCGCCUCCCCCUCCGUACUGAUGAUGUCACUGACUGCUGUGAACACUGUUUCCAUGGAAACGCCCACCACCGCUUUUGGCCUACAUUUCAGGCAGCUCUCCCUUCCCCUCCAUUCUCCAAAACUCUCCCUCCCUCUCUUUCUCUCCCUCUCUCUCUCCCUCUCUCUCUCUUUUUGUCCUCCCUGCCUCCUCACCGUCUCGCCCGACCAGACGGAGUGACUCGGACACGAAAAUAAGAGAGAGAAAGCGGACAUUACCCGAACAGAAAGGAACCAAACCAGCUCUCUGGACUGGUUGUGUGCAGGACGGCCUGCUCUCUCUUGUGUUUUGAGGGCGGAACAACACCCCCUUAGUUUGGGAGACAAAGAGAGGGAGAGAGAGAGAGAGAGUUGUAAAAGGUAUCAGUUUGAAACUGCCCCCCCCCUCCAGUUAAGUUCCUUGGCUCCCCUCUACUAGUCGUAUAUGAAUAUAUGUAUUUAUUCCUGCUGUGCUGUCGGCCGGAGAACAGCAGCAGCUGACCUGCUCUCAAAGAGCUCCUGUCUCCAUGUUUUUAAUUAUUAUAAUUAUUUAAACAUUCAUAAUGUGACUUUUUUUUUUUUUUUUUUUUAUGUACAUGUGUAAAAACCUGAGGGCUCUCUACGGCUAUUUUAACGUCUCUCACCCGUCGCUACUUCGUGGAGAAAAUGAUCCAUUCAAACUCGCAUCCGAAACCUGGAGGAAUAUUACUUUUUUUUAUUUGUUUUAUUUUGAAGGCAUCAGGAAGAAGUCAUAGUUCCUGUUUGUGUUGGAAGCAGUGAGAGAGCAUCGUAUGUUAAUAUCUACACACACACACACACACACACACACACACACACACACACACACAUAUGCUUUUUGUUUUUUACAUUCCAAAUAACUGCACAUCAUUCCAUUUUCCUGCCUUUUAAAAAAAGCCAGUCUGACAUUCAAACUCUGGUAACGCCGUGCUGUGUGAUGAAGCAGGAACCACAGUCUGAAUGAAAUGAUAAUCGUUUUUUUUUUUUUUAAUCUCCUCCUGAUCUUUUUUUGCUUUUGUCUUCAACCAACAAUGUCAGUGGGACGUUUUAACGGCAGCACAGUUAUUGGAAUAGUUAGAAAGGCUGCGAGGUUUUUACGGCUCAAAUGACAAACGCCGAUACUAAAUCUGGAUAAUUUGAGGAAGACAAUCAUGUACUCAGAUUUAGAAAGAACAUUUAUUUUAAUCAUGGGAAUUAAGAUUGUAAUACAACUACACGAUUAACAUUGCAGCCUUGUGUUUCUCUGUGAUUACUGAUGGAAUGUUUCAGACAUCUCAAGUCUUAACAGUUCACUGUUUGUUUUGAACUAGUCAAGCAGAACAGACGCAGAUACUGUGUGUUUUAUUCAGUCAGUUUAAGUUCAAACAGAAGUCCUAAGCAAAUAUGUUUUCCUGCUUGUUUGCGUUUAUGUUCCAGAUGAUUUGAAAAGGAAACUUUAUAUCGUUGACCAAGUGAGAAGGUUUGCAUUUGCCUCUGUAAGACGUAAAAGAAAACAUGCCAUAGACUCCUCGCUGGUGCGUUUUGGUGCCACCACAAAGAUCUUUUUAUGAUCUUUUAUGUUUUGUUUUUUUGUCGUAGCGCCGAUCUGCUUCCCCCAGAAACCUGUGAGGAUUUUAAGUUCCACUGCAAUGAGUUAAAAUCCCCUCGUUGUAAAAUUGGGAUGAAAAAUGUGCAAAAAUCGGCAGACGGUGUCUCGAUGUGUCACUCCCAACUUUUACAUUCUCAUUUGGCUUCUAUUCAUAAAUAUUUGUCAAAUAGUUGGCGAUAAAGACAUUAAGUGUGUCUGAUCUCCUGCAUUUGUUGGUGUCAGACUCAGCUGAUGGAUGUAAAAACGGUGCCUGAGGAGGAGGGAGGUGUGUGAAUCAGAAACAGUGUUUCCUGUUUGUUCGUGAUGACUUUAUAUGAUGUAACCUCAGUAUUCUCACUCGGUGUUCGACCACUGAGAUGCUACUAAAGCCAUAAGGAGUGUUUGAAGGUGAAGGCGGUCUGCAGGAGAUAUUUGAGGUCUAAACUAGUUUUUAAGCAUCUUGUUUUUAAACCCUGAUAUUAACUCUGUUUAUGUUUCCUCCCUGCUGUCGGGUUAAAGGUCGCUGCAGUCUGCUGAUGUCAUGUCUCCGUUUGCGUGCACGUUAAAGCCAACAUCGCUCUCAUCCCCUCACACUGCUGGAAAUAACUGACAGCAUCUGUGUGGGUGUGCAGAGCCCAUUAGUGUCUGUUGCUUUUUUCUUUUAUUUUUUUCGUCUCCUCCAAUGUUUGUUUUGUCACAGACGGUCUCAUUUACAAAUCGCCUUUCUGUAAUGUGCCUAAACUGUGGAGAGGAAAAGUAUUCAUUUUAAAUUUUUUUGCCUUUCAUAUGAAACAUAUUCAAGCCUGAAAAAGUAAAUAAAAUACUUAAUACUUUAA